GAUAUUUGAUACAUGCUUAUCUGAGAACAAGGCUGGCUGUGACCUGGCACCAUAUCUGCUGGGACGGUCCGAGAGUGCAGGCUUUGGAAUCGGCACAACAACAUGAGGUGUAUAACACUGUUCUUCUCAGCGGCCUGGGUACUUGGUAUCGUGUCUUCCCAAAACAUCGCUCUGUCUUCCAGUGGUAUGACGGUCCUGAAGGCUGUGUACGGGGCUUCCUGUGGCACGGGCAGAGCUCUGGCAGAUGAAGAAUCCCUUCUCACAGAUUACGUGAAGGCUCUCUGUGACGGCAGGGACGUCUGCUCGGGCGUCGUGGACGUAGACGUCUUAAACGGGGCCAUCGGCAGCUGUGACGGGGACUUCCACGUGGUAGCGGUGUGUGACCACGGAGAACUUCGCUCAUAUAGUCUGGAUGGGGAGGCUGCGGGAGAGGAGUUCACCAUUGACUGCAGAAACCGGGAAAUCCCCGUGGCCCGACAACACCCUGACUGGAUGGGGAACAUGGGGGAUGUACUGGUAAACAAGACAAUCAAACAGCUCCGUCUAGCGGGGACACAUCACAGCGGGACGUUCUCCUUCAAUAUGUUCCUGUACCACCUCGCCAAGUGUCAGAACGUCCGGGUGGGACAGCAGCUAAUGGCGGGUGUGCGGUAUGUGGACUACAGGCUUGGGGCAAUGGAAGAGGCUUACGGAGCUCGGGUGAUACACGGGGUCUUCUACGGACAACUCGUUCUCGCGGAUCUCCUUGAGAUAUGGGCUUUCUCUCAGCUUCACCCGAGGGAAUUCUUUAUAGUUGAUUUCCAGCAUACAUCAACACUUGAAAUGUCGAUGCAACGGCAGCUGUCUGUCUGGCUGGACGUGCUGUUCCGGGACACGGUCAUUAACAGAUGGACCAUCCUUCUCACAGAACACACCAUGGGGGAUGUGUGGGGGUCGGGCAGGAGGGUGCUGUUCCUCCACGACAGACCCACCUCAACCCAGGUGUGGCCUCGUGGGGUGAUAUAUGCUCGCUGGCCAAAUGUGUGUACUGGGGAAACUCUGGAUGAACACUCGGAGAACGAGUUGUCCCAGAUCCACGUCCACCACCAUCAACUGGUCAUCCUUCAAUGGGUCAUCACGGUCCAGUUCCAGUGCCUGACGAGUCUUUACGGACGGUCCCUCGACAUCCGGGAGGAAGGGAUGCUGUGGCUGCAGCAGCAAAACCACCCGUUCACCAUUGUCCUUACAGACUUUACACUACAGCCCCUGGAGGAGGCGGGCCUCGUGGAACAGAUCAUCGAGGCCAAUAGACAUGUGGAUGCUUAGUGAACCAGGGCAUUGCAGUUGAUGCUGAUGGACACUUAAAGAGCGAGGACAAUGCAUAUAAGUCGGUUGGACGUUCAGUGAAAACAUUCUAGCGCCCAUAGGCAGAUUGAGUUGUAUACUCCCCAGGGAGUUGAGAAUGAUAACUGAAAUGCAAACGGAUCCAUUGGUCAGGGAACAUUUAAAACCGCAUUUGAGCAGAUACUGGUACCUGGAUACCUGCGCAAUAUUUAAAGAAAUAAAAGCCUCGUGGUCGUUGUUUAUCGUACAAUAUAAGUUAGCUCCGCGACAAAUCACAGAGAACAAUAAAGAACAAAGCGUGGUUUAUUUCACGCUAAAACACUGUU